ACACUUCACCAGAUGAAAUCAAGGUACUGAGAGUGGUUCUUUCUCUUGAAUCAUGACGAUUUCAUGAAGGCGUUAUUUUAUAUAGUCAACUUAUUCUUAAAUAAUGAGUCAAGAUUCUACUAUUUUACAUUUUAUACAGCUACUAUUUCUAUCCAAACAUAUACCUAUUUACUUAUAUUUCCUUAGCAAAAUGUACAACUUAAAAAUGACAGUAAAUAAUCGCUGAUUGAUCUGCUUAAUAAAUUCAAACAAUAACUAGAUAAUUUGUUUAAGCUAUCACAGAAAAUGAGAAGGACUAAUGUGACUUUACCACAAUAGUAUAUCUAUCUGAAUAUGGUACAAGAAUUUAGUUGCUAAGAGAAAUAUUGAUGACAAUUCAACAUUAGCUGAAUGUGAUACAUGCUUAGCAGGGAUGAAUUUGGUUCACUACAUUCUUUCAGAAAAUUAUUGGGUAGAUAUUUAUAUGAUUGCAGCACAACAAUUAUGUCAGUCUAUUCCAUCAGAAAGUCUAAAAAACACUUGCUUGAAAUAUGUGAAUAAUUACCUUAAUAAUACUUUGAACAUACUGGCUACAGCAGUGAAUCCUGAUUACAUUUGCAAGGCAUUACAAGCUUGUGCAAAUGAUACAAAUUCUUUAACUGCUCGAAACUUUGGAGAUAGUAUAUUGUGUGAAGAAUGUAAAUUUGUUUAUAGUAAAAUACAAAGUAUUUUUACUGAUCAAACAGAAACUAAACAAAUGAAAUCUUCAUUGAAAGUGAUAUGUUUACUUUAUGCUUCAGACGAAUCAAAAUGUAAUAAAAGCAGAUCAAUCAUGUUAUACACUUUGCUCUUUCCUAAAACUUUACAAACUUAUCUUGCAUUAAGUGGAUGUUACAUGUUUCCUAAUAAAAAAAAUUGUGUGUCAUUUUUUUUCUUUCUACUUUUGAUGUACUUUCAAGGUGUUACCGCAUAUGAGUCUAUAAACGUUUACCUUAUAAAUCACAAUCUUUAA